AUGAAGGCCGUUCUAUUCGCUUGUGUAUUGGCCAUUGCUGGCGUGUCCGCCAUGCCUCAGGAUACCGUUCCUGCACAAGGCCGUUUUGUGGACUUGUGGGUUAGGGAUGUCGUUGACAGAUAUCGGGCACGAAUUGGAAAAUACGACCCACUGGCAAUAGAGAAACAUGAGUUCGACACCACUGUAGUUCCAGGGUUACUGUUUUUGAAGGGAUUUGUGGAGAAUUCCAAAUUUGUAGGACACAGCGGCCUCUAUGUUAAUAGAGCGGUCUACAACAUCCUUUUAGGCCAACUCGUCGUGGAAAUUUCAUUCCCUAAGAUCAGUAUGGAGAUCGGUAACUACAAAGUUGAAGGUCGUUACGGAGACAGGGGAGGUGAAUUCCAAACAUCUGGAAGCCUUACGCUUACUAACUUGCGCUUCAACGCGGAUACGCUACUAGUACUUUUACCCGGCCUGCCAGUCUCCAUCUAUAAUAUAAACACGGCCCUCUACCUGGGCAAUAUAGAGGCCGACGUAGAAGCUAGCUGGAAAUGUCUCGGUUGCCGAGAGCCCCGUGACAUCUCUUCUUGUGCCAACAACAUACUGAACAGAAGAAUUCCGGAAUGGCUUGUGACCUACGAGUACGAAAUCGGAACCAUUAUGGGAGAAGGCAUCAGACGCUUUGUGAACUGGUACUGGUAG